AUGCUAGAUGAACAACAAAUUGCUGAAAAGGCAAACGAUCUAGAAAAAGGUGAUCAAUCAGGUCUAUCAAACGGCGAUACACAAGCAGAACCAAGAAGUGAAGGUGAUGCACCCAUAACGACAAAGAGACCUAAUUAUGAUGAAGAAGAAUUUCCAGAAGGUGGUUUACGAGCAUGGACGGUCGUCUUUGGAUGUUCGCUUGUGAUGGCUUUCUCAUUUGGAUAUUUGAACGCAUUUGGUGUUUUUCAAAGUUAUUAUGCUGAAACGUAUUUACGUGGAUAUACACAAAGUGAUAUAGCAUGGAUUGGUGCGUUACAAUACUUUUUCAUCUUUGGAAUGGGUUUGUUUGCAGGACGUGCUUUCGAUUUAGGAUUUUUUAAACCUUUGAUGGCUUUUGCAAUCUUAUUGGCAACUUUUAGUCAAAUGAUGUUAUCACUUUGUACAUCUUAUUAUCAAAUCAUUCUCGCUCAAGGCGUUGGAGUUGGAAUAGCGAUGGGAUUAUCGUUCAAUCUUGCCGUUACCGUUCCAACUCACUGGUUCAAGAGAAAGAGAGCAACGGCAUUAGGUGUCAGUGCAGCAGGAUCAUCGAUUGGGGGCGUAAUCUUUCCAGUCAUGCUAACAAAGCUAUUUAAAGAGAUUGGAUUUCCAUGGACAAUGCGGAUGAUCGGUUUCGGAUAUCUCCUACUUGUUGGAGCUGCUUGGUUUAUGAUGGAUACCAGGCUACCACCAUUGGCUAGCGUGAAAGAAGGAGGGUGGCGUAAAGUGAAAUGGUUCGAUCCAUCUGCUUUUCGUAAUCCGGCAUAUUCGAUGUUUGUUGCGGGCAACUUGAUCGUCUUCUUUGGUCUUUAUACGCCAUUCGUUUAUAUGGACUUAUUCACUGAAUCAUAUCAUAUUCCUGCAAGUGGUUAUUGGAUCAGUAUCUUGAACGCAGCUUCAACGUUUGGAAGAGUGAUUCCGGGUAUAUUGGGUGACAAAUUUGGUAGAUUCAACACACUUCUACCACAUAUGAUUUUGGCAACUAUAUUCUUAUUCUUAUUCCCGCUAUUCACAAAUUUGUCCCUCAUCCUUUUCGCAUUGGCUUUCGGUUAUGCAUCAGGAUGUUUUGUCAGCAUUAUCGCUCCAUGUGCCGUUCAACUUGGAUCGAUCGAUACGGUUGGAACGAGAACGGGAAUGAUGUUAAGCAUCAUGAGCAUCGGUGGAUUGUUGGGAACGCCAAUCUCUGGAUUCAUUCUAGGAGAAGCACAGCCUUAUAGAUGGUGGCCAACAGCUGGAUACUCGGGUGGAAUGUGUUGUGUGGGCACAGCACUUUGUAUCGCUGCAAGACAAUAUGCCGUAAAGGGAAAACUCAAAGCGCAUUUCUGA